AUGCCGUUAGUAAUCACCAGUAGUACAUCUUCGCAGCCAUUCGAAAAGAUUUAUUUGGAUAUUGUAGGACCAUUAACAUGUAGUCAAUCAGGAAAUAAAUACAUUUUAACGGCACAAGACGAUCUAACAAAGUAUUCAAUAGCAAUGACUAUACCCGACCAGGAAGCAAAGACAAUUGCAAAGGAACUAAUUCAGGAGAAAAUAGCUGGCGAAUUGAAGAAUUACAAAUCAGUUGAUUCCGUUACUAAUGAAGAUGAAGUUGUCAAUUAUCCAACUGAAUUUUUGAAUUCGCUGGAUUUGCCCGGCUUACUACCUCAUAAUCUGCAAUUAAAAAUCGGAUCAGUAAUUAUUAUGUUACGGAACAUAAACCAGCCACGUCUAUGUAAUGGCACCCGGCUGGCGGUGAAGAAAUUAUUGAACAACGUCAUCGAAGCCACAAUUUUGAAAGAGAAGUACAAAGGCGAAGAUGUUUUAAUCCCACGCAUCCCUAUGAUACCGAACGACAUGCCAUUUAACUUUAAACGUUUACCGUGCGGCUUGCAUUUGCAAUGUCGAUAA